GGAUUGUGUGGAAUGUUCGACUCUCGUCUGCGGUUUAACAUGUUAACCUAUAACGAAAUCUUAUUAGGAAUAGAAGGACUGAAUGGUCUCCACCGCGUGCGGGGUUCCUUCCAAUAAUGCAACAAGUUUACAUACAGCUAGUACGAGCUGUGAAACCAGUCACCGCUGAUACUGUCUCAGUUCAUGGACGCAUACACUCCGCUAGCUCCGCUGCUAGUCGAUUCGACACAAAUAUUACACAGUGAUAGUCAUUAUUCUCCAGUCGCCACUGGAGAUAACAUAUAGUAGAACGUACGGACGAGAGAAGAAUAGCCAUGAGGGAUUUAGAAACAAAUAAAGAUCCUCGGAGCGCAACAAAAAUGGAGAACGACACCGGUCCUGGCAAGAGGCGGUGCUGCCUUGCAGGGACCGUGAACGCUAUACCAUAUGCGUUUUCUCUUGCUUCUUUCGCAUUUUGCUUUUUACUGAAUGUUCAGACCAGCGAGAUUAAGGACAGAAUCGUGGAUCUUGAGACUGGUGAUGGCGCCCGGCUAUUAAGCCCUUUUUAUGGGAUCUCUGUGGAUCAAUUUCAUUCAAUGGUACAGCAACGAGUGGACGAACUGCUGUCACAGCACUCCAAUGACCACUUGGCUAAAAUAAGGACUGCUCGACAAGCCUCACCAUCUGACUGCAACUGCCCACCAGGUCCACCAGGCAAAAGGGGAAGAAGAGGACGCAAUGGAAACCCUGGACCUCCUGGUCCCCCUGGCCCAAAAGGUGACAAGGGGGAUCAAGGCGACCAGGGACCAAGGGGACUUCUUGGUUUACCCACUCUGGCUGCAUUACACAACAAUCAAAUCCUGACUGUAAAGAUGGUCUUCCCUAAGAUAAAUCAUGGCUUUCUUUCUGCUGAUCAACAACUCAUUAAACGUCGGCUCAUUAAGGGUGACCAGGGUCAAGCAGGGCCCCCAGGACCUCCUGGGCCUCCAGGACCCCCAGGACCAAGGGGACCCCCAGGAGACACAGGCAAAGAUGGUCCUCGGGGGGUCCCAGGACUCCCAGGAGACCCCGGAAAUCCAGGGGAUGCUGGUAAAAUGGGACCCGAGGGCCCUCCAGGACAAAAGGGUUCCAUUGGCCCUCCUGGUAUUGAUGGAAUAAAGGGAGAUAUCGGUACACCAGGAGUAGAUGGAAUUCCUGGCAUCAAGGGUGAAAGAGGUGAACGGGGUGAGAAGGGAGACAUGGGAGAAGAUGGGAUGAAAGGUGAAACCGGAGAGAAGGGAAAUGCAGGAUCCUCUGCAGCUGGAAUCAAGGGUGAGCCAGGCGAGCCAGGUCGCGGAGGACAAAAGGGUGAGCCAGGACUUCCAGGGCUGCCUGGACUGCCCGGGAUUAAGGGUGAACCUGGUUUCUUUGGACCUCAAGGUGAGCCAGGGCUUCCAGGCCUGCCAGGAACUAAGGGAGAGAGAGGAGAACCAGGGCCACCUGGAAAAGGUGAACGUGGUGAGACAGGUCCAUUAGGACAGAAGGGAGAGCAAGGGGAGUCAGGAGCACCAGGCCUGAAAGGUUCAAAGGGGGAUUCAGGAGACAAAGGGGAUGUAGGCCCAACAGGAUCACAAGGGCCACCUGGGGAAAAAGGUGACCAGGGUACAACUGAAAUCAUAGACUAUAAUGGAAACAUCCAAGAGGCUCUUCGGAAGAUAACUGCUAUUACAGUUACGGGCCCCCCUGGGCCUCCUGGACCAGUUGGACCAAAGGGACUGAAGGGUGAUCAGGGUAUACCUGGACUUCCCGGACAGGAUGGAGAAAGAGGUCACAAAGGUUCAAAAGGAGACAUGGGAAUCCCUGGAAUACAAGGAGAAAAAGGAUCUGUGGGUUUCCCUGGCUUACAGGGUGUAAAUGGUCUUAAAGGAGACAAAGGAGACGGCGGCAUUUCUGGUCCUCAAGGACCCUCGAUUAUUGGGCCCCCAGGAGCACCUGGUCCACAGGGACCACCUGGCCCAAUGGGUCCUCAUGGCUUCCCUGGUCCAAAGGGAGAUGCAGGUUUGCAUGGUCUCAAGGGAAUACGAGGAGAACCUGGGCAUAAGGGUGACAGAGGACCCUUAGGUCUUCCCGGAGCAUCUGGCUUGGAUGGCAAGCCGGGACUCAUGGGUAUGGAUGGUCCAGUUGGAGCUCCAGGUCCAGCAGGUCCAAAGGGAGAUGUAGGUGAGAAGGGUGAUAUUGGUGAUCCUGGACCCAGAGGGCCGUAUGGGUUACCUGGAGCUGCUGGAUCGCCCGGAAUAGAUGGGUUACCAGGCUUAAAGGGAGACAAGGGCGACGUGGGGGAAAGAGGAGAAAAGGGGGAAAAGGGAAAGAAGGGCAAAAAGGGGCCUAAGGGGGAGAAAGGAGAACAAGGUGCCCCUGGAUUAGAUGCACCCUGCCCACUGGGUCCAGAUGGGCUUCCAAUGCCAGGCUGUUGGCAGAAGGGUGUCACGCCUUGGCUGGUGGCUUAAGAAAGUCAGAAAAGUGUGAUUGCUGGAUUUCUUUAUUACAAAGAGGUCAGUGUGGUAUCUGGCCCGACUACGCCUCAGGUGUUGCAUUGGCGUAACUCCUGCCUUGUGAUGAAAGUGACAAUUUGACAGACUGGUAUUAUUGAAAGAGCAGGACACACGAUCCACCCACCAUCUAUGGCUGCUCUAGAAUAAGCUAGGCAACUGAAACUGGAAGUCACUACAUUCUUCCCUCCACCAGCAAAGCCGUCCUUGUUCAUUCUUCAGUGGCAUCUUUUUUUUGUAAAAGCGAGCAACUCAGAUCUACGGAUAACAACAAAAUGGCAUUUUUUUGAUAAUGACUCAUAGUUUGAUUGGCUCAUUUUAUGCAUUAUAGCCUUUGUGCCUAAAGACAUUUGUUAUUCAUUCCUUUGCUGAAUAUAUAAAAUUUUUUUCUGUUUUGAGGUGUAAAUAUGACAUUUCACUGUAUUCUAUUGCAGCUAUAAAGAUUCAAAAGUGCAUGUUUUGCUGAAGGUGAAAGUGUCACAUUCUUCGUGGUUUUAAUAGGGUUACUAUGGGAAUGUGACAACUUUGUCAUAAGCUACUGUGGUUUCAUGGCACUGAAAUUCUGAUUAAAAAAAUACAUAUUAAAGUAAUCAGUUUUUAUCUGCUUUAUCGAAUAUAGUGUUAAUUCACAGUGCAAGGUGCAAACAUACAAUAGGCAUGAGACAGCUUUUUUCUAUAACCAGCAGUGAUAAUCAUGACAUAACUUGUUAUCAGCCUGCACAUUCAUCAAGCAAAGUGUUCUGAGUUUUAUCAUUUUGUUCACUUAUUUUUACUGCUUAAAAACCUUUUGACAACAGCCUAGAUUUUAUUAAGCUUUUUUGAGUAGCAAUAGUUAAAUUAUGCCAGUGCUGCUGACUUUAUAAUAUAUUUUUUGUCUGGUGAGCAUGUAAAAUCAGUAUAAAAUGCAAAAAUACUGUACUGAAAGUAGUUUAUUGAUUACUCAAUGAAGAGUAGCCAUGUUUCCAAUUAAAAAAAAAAAUUAAUUUUACUUGCCUUUUUAUAUUCUUACAACAGGCAUUCCUUAUAAUAUUAAAGUUAAAAGACUUAUUACCUUAAUAUGUUGUGCUGUAGUUGUGUUUGUGCAGAUGUUAAGCAUCUGAUGAUUCUAGUAAAUCUUAUAUGUUCUUGUGUAUUCUUUUUUUGGCCAGCAGUUUGUUUUAAAAUAUUACUGAAUAUUCAUUAAGGUGACAGAAAUAUUGUUAAAUAUUUCCUGAAAAUUAAAAAAAAAAAAAUCCCCUCCCCCCCAUUCAUUCUCAAGUCAUCUCUUGUUGCAGUAAAUGUAGAUAAAUGUAUUGCGUGUGUAGUUAAAUGUUGUUUUAAUUUGUUUAAAGUGCAAUUCAUAUUUCUUUUUCAUGUACUGAUGCAAUGUGCACCACACACAAAUCUUGUUACUCAACUAUAUUGUAAUAUAUGAAAUUGUCAUUGAUUGUCAUGUUUGUUUUAUUUUAAACAAACUGAAAAUGGCUAAGCUGGAUUUUUCAAUUCACAGGUGUCACUUUUAAUGUCAUACUACUUUCAUUUCCUUAACAUCUACUCUCAACCAUUUUAGCCAUUUUCAAUGUCCAUUUAUUUCUACUAUUAUAAUGUCACCAAAUAUUUCUUUAUCAGAUGUUUGUCCUAUAUAGUUUGUAUAGAAGGCAUGGUAGGCAAAUUAUCCUGUGGUGCAGUUUGAAUGAAGUAUUUCCUUGUUUUGUUUUCCUUGUUUUUUUGCCAAAAACCAAACAAACCUUGUAUUACUACAUCCAUUUCUUUCAUUUUAUAAUAUUUGUAAGGUUUAACAAUUUAUUGUUUUAUAAUGUAGAUAUUUGCUUUUACAAUGUUUCUCUUGUUUCUUUCUUUGAGCAUGUACAAAGCCUAUUUUCAACUACUUUUGUCAAAUUUUAAUUAUGCAAGAAAUCUGUAUAAUUCAUAACGUGAUUGUGUUGUUUACACAUGUAUACCAGUGAUGUUCAAACUUGUUCCUCAAGAGGGCCACUGUCAUGCAGAGUUUCAAACCUGAUUAAAUGCACAUGAAGCAACAAGUCAAUAAUUUUAACAAAAUAUAUUGUGCAUAAUUUGAAGUUGUGUUAUUGUGGUAAUUUCCCCAUGAUACAUUCUCCACAAUGAUCCAAAAAAUCUUAUUUUGAAUAUUAGUAUUUGUUGUAACACUUCAGUUAAGGGGGUGUGCGAAGGACUGUCACGAAAACUUAUAAUGAUGACAUGAAAACAUCAUGACUAUUAAGGUGGUUUUAAGCAUGCUUAUGACAACUAUAAGUGCUAUUUGCUCAGUUAUGGCAUUUUGAGUGCAACAGUGACAUAGUUUAAAUGUGUUUAUGACAACUCAAUAAAGCAAAAUAUAACUUGUCUUUGUCUUUGACAUGGCAACUUGACAUUACCAAGACAACAUAAGUUGUCAUAAAUCUGUCAUAAACAUGACUGCCAUGAUGGCAUUGUAAUUGUUAUGAAUUUUAUAACAGCAUCAUUAACAAUUUUUCUUGACCUCAAUUACUGGUACAAAUUCAAUUUGUUUAAAAAAAAUGUAAUUACAUAUUAAUCACAGUGUUAUAAACAUUUUCUAGCCAAUUAUUGACAAUUUUAAUGAGACUCUCUUAACAAAGACAUCUCAAGCAAAUGACACUUGACAGUUCUCAUAAGCACAUAUAAAAUUUCAUUCAAAUUCAUGUGUCAUGUCAUGAUUAUAAAGGUGUCAUGACAGUCUUAUGAACAGUCUAUUGCAUAAAUUG